AUGAAUACCGCAGGAUUAUUCAUCUCUUCAGGGAGAAAGAGGUGCCAUCACACUUUCCCUCUACCCUCGGAGAGGAACAUUCAUGCUGUAAUCAGAGGAGUACCUGCGACACUUUUGGAAACGGAGAUCAAGGAAGAGUUGCAACUGAGGGGAUAUUCCCGCCUGCACAUAAUUCGCCUGAAACGCGGUGGCGGCGUGCCUAUGCCUUUGGUGGUAGUCAUACUGCCCAAGAUAGAAAAAUCUCAGCAGCUGUCCAACGAACAUGAGCUGCUAGGUUUGGCUAUCCGAGUCGAAGUUCAAAAGAACUCAAGACUCAUCGGGCAGAGUCACCGCUGCCAAAAAUAUGGGCAUGCGCAAUCUUACUGCACAGCACCACCUAAGUGUCUGUGCUUCUGA